CCCCGGUCCGCCCCGGCUUCCUGGGAAUUCGAGAAGCUCUCGUCUGGGGUGGCAUGCUGGCUCUUCAGCUGUGCCCUGUAUCACUUCUGCCCGCGCCGAGAAGGAGAAAAGGGAGCACAAGGGCCAGACACUAAAGAAGCCCCGACGGCCCUCGUUUCUACCGUCCGAACUCUCAGCUGUGCGCCUUGUUCAACCUCAAUUUUACUUAGCACUUGAGUUUGCUACUAUCAUUGGCUAUUCUUGCCUCCCAGCUAUCGGAAACCUGCAUGUUUGACGGGACACAAACCGACUCACCGUCACGUUCGGCGCAGCGAGUUACACAGGAAAGAGAAAUCUUGUUCAAAAAUCUCGCGGCCGCCUCCCCGGAUCUGGGCCUGCCACUCACUUUGCAACAUUUGUCGAAUCUAUCUCACGUAUAACACACAAACCAGCCAUGGCGGGGCUAAUACCUCUCAUGCUGGCAUCGGGCAACCGAACAUCCUAUGUCUCUCCCCAAACACCUCUCUCACAGCAGUCUAACACGACUACGACUACGAUGACGCAACAAAUGACAAGGUCAAAACAUGCCAGGCGGUCGUCUCGCACCCUGUCUGUUUCUCUGGCUGCGUUGCCGUAUACGCGGUCCGACUGGAGGAGGACCAUCUCGGACAUCAAACGACAACACCUCACCAAGAUGUACCGUGCGUGCUGGACAAGGUGUAAUGAGAUCCUUGACAACAUCAGCGACGCCUCUCAGAUCGAACCCGUCUACCAGAUAUAUCUGCACUUCUACGCCGCCGCCUCCAUUGUCGAGUCCUGUGCGCGGCCGCCGCCAUCUACUUCGACCUCGACCUUUCGGACAAGCCUCCUACAGCAGGCCCGCGCACACUUCGAUCGCGCCGCCUCCCUCAUCUCUGCCGCCGAAGAGUCGGUCGUCCGCCGUGUGCGGCCGGGCUCGGUAAUGUCAUCACGGGGUUCAAGCUGUCACUCUCCCGCAGGGUCGAUUAGCUCCCGGACAUGGACAUCGGAUACCCCCAUGUCGUCUCCAACCAAUUCAGUCUACUCGUUUGAGGAUCUCUCUGCCAAGUCGCAGUCGUCGACAAACACCUCGCCCGUUAAGCGCGUCAAGAAGGUGUCGUUCUCGCUUCCUCAUGAUAAACCCUUCCGCGCCUUACGGGAGCCCAUGGUCCGCCCGGACUCACCAACCCUUGGGCUCGAUGACGAGUACUUCCAUCUGGGCGCAGCGCGGCAAGAACUCCCCGACCUGCCACGACCCAAGUUCGAAGAGGUUGAGCUCCCGUUGCAGGUCGUCUCGGAUAUGGGUAGCAGCGCUUACGAAGACGCGUUCCUAACCUCGCGCUCUCUCGACCGUUCCGUCGACCGCUAUUGCGAUACCCUAGGCGGACUACGAGCCCAGCUUGCCAGCCAUUUGGCCAGCCUGGAUAGUCUGCUCUCGGCCAAACCCGACCCGACCCAGAGCUUCCGCCUUUCUUUGGCUUUGUCUGCCAGGCCCAGAAGCGCUACCCCUACCCGUUCGUCGUUUUCGGGCCCAGCAGACGACGUGAUCGCCCUCGACCGUAAGGCGCGCAUUGAGCGCCUGCGCCACAGCGGGUGGCAGCGCAAGCGCUUUGAUGCGCGCCGCUAUGAGGAGCUCUGUGAGACUGUCAUGUCGGAGCUUGCUUGAGGCCUCACCGACGUGGAGACCUACGCGACACGAUAAUCAACGACACUGACUUGCACGAUACCAAAGACACACACAAACACACAGAACACAGACACCUAAGAUAGACAUGUUAUUAUAAUGUAUCAUUUUACGGAGGCAUGAUUUGCUGCUGCCACCAUUACAACUUAUCGCCAAGAUAUAUGCUCCUUUGUAUGUAUGGAUGCUGUAUGGAUAUAUGAAAAUUGCUAUUAUUACACUAUGACGAGGGAAAAUGGGACAGGCACAGCGAUGCAGUUCGAAACUCAAGAGUCAUUUGCGAGCGAGCAUGGCGCGGGAUCUUUAAUUCUUGGUAUGGGCCUACUCCAGAUGCCCUGGCGUAUGGAUUGGGGCGGAUUGGUCCCAAAUGGACGGGACCUCUUUUCUUGUACAGCAUUUGUAUAUAGAUUACAUUGUAUAUUGCCUAGGCAUAUCCAUUCGUUUGGGACCUUGA